CUUUUUCUCUCUUUUAAGUUGCAGCCAUGGACAGCUCAAAGCUCCAUUUUGCUAUACUGUCAAGUCCCGGCAUGGGCCACCUCAUCCCCGUCCUCAUGCUCGGCCAACGCCUCGUCACCCACCACGAUAUUGAAGUCACCAUCGUCCUUGUCACCACCGGUUCAUCACCUCCUGAAUCUCAGCUUCUCCACCUCCCCACCGCUCCCAAAAUGCUCCACCUCAUUCACCUCCCGCCAGUUGACAUCUCCGGUCUACUCGACCCUGCCGCCACUGUCGUUACCCAGCUCGCAGUAAUGAUGCGCGAGGCUCGACCGGUCAUCCGGUCCUCCAUAUCCUCCAUGAACCGCAAGCCUGACGCUCUUAUCGUUGACCUCUUCGGAACCGAAUCUUUGGAGAUCGCCGACGAGUUCAACAUGCCUAAGUACGUAUACUGUCCCACCACUGCAUGGUUCACUGCUCUCACCUCCUACUGUCACGUACUCGACAAGGAGGUGAAAGGUCAGUACGUUGAUCAGAGCGAACCGCUGAGACUUCCCGGUUGCAGGCCGGUCCGACCGGAAGAUGUUGUCGACCCGAUGCUGGACCGGAAUGAUCAGAUGUAUCGUGAGUACGUACGGAUUGGUAUUGAGUUCUCGGCGUCCCAUGGGGUUUUGGUGAACACGUGGGAUGAUCUGGAACGUACAACACUAAGAGCUUUAAGAGAAGAUGAAACCCUCCGGUCGGUUGUUAAGGUACCGGUUUAUCCGGUCGGUCCUUUGACCAGGCCGGUCCAAGAUUCCGGUUCGCAGGCCGAGUUUUCCAAGUGGCUCGACUUGCAACCCAGCGAGUCAGUGAUAUAUGUUUCGUUUGGAAGUGGUGGGACGUUGUCGGCUGAACAAGUGACUGAGCUGGCUUGGGGAUUGGAGCUGAGCCGGCAGAGGUUUAUUUGGGUGUUACGGCCACCCAUCGAGGGUAGUGCGGAUGCGGCCUUUUUCACAUCAAGGAACGGUUCUUCUGAUGGAACCCCUGAUUAUCUCCCAGAUGGGUUCUUGACCAGGACCCAAAAUGUGGGAGUUGUGGUCCCACUUUGGGCCCCACAGGUGGAGGUCCUGAGCCAUCCAUCACUAGGAGGGUUUUUAUCACACUGUGGUUGGAAUUCGAGUUUGGAGAGCAUAGUGAAUGGGGUGCCUCUGAUUGCGUGGCCACUGUAUUCUGAGCAGAGAUUGAAUGCUACCGUGCUGACGGAGGAGCUCGGGGUGGCGGUCCGGCCGAGGGUGUUGCCGACGAAGGAGGUAGUGGGGAGGGAGGAGAUUGAGAAGAUGGUGAGGACUGUGAUUGAGUGCAAAGAAGGGAAGGUGAUGAGAGAGAAAAUGAAAGAAAUAAAAUAUAAUGCAGAAAAAGCAUUGAAGAAAGAUGGGUGCUCUUACAAUUCAUUAUGUGAGGUGAUUAAGGACUGUGAGGCUAGACUAGUGUCGCAUAAGGCUCUAAAAAUUGAAAGGUCUUCUGACAUAUGAAAUUGUUGUCUGAGUGUACGUUGGUUAAUUUAAUAAAGGCUUGCAGCUUACAGUUGCAGGCCUUUGUUUUAUUUCUCUUUUUGGGGGUAAAUACUGUUGUUGGACUUUAUUUAUGU